AUGACAACUAUUUGCUCAAACCUGAAAUCAGAAAUCGAAGACUUAGCACUCCUCCUACAGCAACCGAAGAACCUUGAGGGCUAUGUGGGAUUUGCCAACCUCCCAAAUCAAGUGUACAGAAAAUCUGUGAAAAGAGGAUUUGAAUUCACACUUAUGGUAGUAGGUGAAUCUGGACUAGGAAAGUCAACAUUAAUCAACUCAUUGUUCCUCACAGAUUUAUAUUCUCCAGAGUAUCCAGGGCCUUCUCAUAGAAUAAAAAAGACUGUACAGGUGGAACAAUCCAAAGUUUUAAUCAAAGAAGGUGGUGUUCAGUUGCUGUUGACGAUAGUUGAUACUCCAGGAUUUGGAGAUGCAGUGGAUAAUAGUAAUUGUAGUCUUAGUACCUCCUACAAUCACCUGCUAAUGUCAUAUCUUGACUACUGGAUGUAUUCAGUCAUAUUAAAUACUGUAUAUUUCAGGCUUAAACCAUUGGAUAUUGAAUUUAUGAAACGUUUGCAUGAAAAAGUGAAUAUCAUCCCACUAAUUGCCAAAGCAGACACACUCACACCAGAGGAAUGCCAACAGUUUAAAAAGCAGAUAAUGAAAGAAAUCCAAGAACAUAAAAUUAAAAUAUAUGAAUUUCCAGAAACAGAUGAUGAAGAAGAGAAUAAGCUGGUUAAGAAGAUAAAGGAUCGUUUACCUCUUGCUGUGGUAGGUAGUAAUACUAUCAUCGAAGUUAAUGGCAAAAGAGUCAGAGGAAGACAGUAUCCUUGGGGUGUGGCUGAAGUUGAAAAUGGUGAACAUUGUGAUUUUACAAUUCUAAGAAAUAUGUUGAUAAGAACACACAUGCAGGAUUUGAAAGACGUUACUAAUAAUGUGCACUAUGAGAACUACAGAAGCAGAAAGCUAGCUGCAGUGACUUACAAUGGCGUGGAUAACAACAAGAAUAAAGGGCAACUUACUAAGAGCCCUCUGGCACAGAUGGAAGAAGAAAGAAGGGAACAUGUAGCCAAGAUGAAGAAGAUGGAGAUGGAAAUGGAACAGGUGUUUGAGAUGAAGGUCAAAGAAAAAGUUCAAAAACUGAAGGACUCUGAAGCAGAGCUCCAGCGGCGUCAUGAACAAAUGAAAAAGAAUUUAGAAGCACAACACAAAGAAUUAGAGGAAAAACGUCGCCAGUUUGAAGAAGAGAAAGCAAACUGGGAAGCUCAACAACGCAUUUUAGAGCAGCAAAACUCUUCAAGAACCUUGGAAAAGAACAAGAAGAAAGGCAAGAUCUUUUAAACUCUAUUGACCACCAGUUAUGUAUUAGUUGCCAAUAUGCCAGCUUGGACAUCAGUGUUUGUUGGAUCCGUUUGACCAAUUUGCACCAAUUUUAUCCAUAAUGAUGGAUUUAACAGCAUGAAAAAAAAUAUUUUUUUGUUGUUGUUCUCGAAGGAGAUUAAGAUGCCUUGAAUUGUCUAGGAUUUUGUGUACUUAGAAAUUAACAACUCUGAGUACCUUUCUACAUUUUCUUUUUUUCUUUUUUUAAAUUAAAAAGAUGUCUUCAGUUUAAUGCAAGAAAACAUUUUACUGUUGUACAAUCAUGUUCUGGUGGGUUGAUUGUUUACAGAAUAUUCUAAAAUACAAGGACUCUGGAAGGUUUUCAUUGAGGAUAAAUUGCCAUAAUAUGAUGCAAACUAUGCUUCUCUAUGAUAAUUAUAAUACAGAGGUUCCAUUCGAUGCAGCCUAUACAAUAAUGUAUUUAGUCUAACACAGUGGACCCUAUUUUUUGACACUUCCAUUGUUUAAAAGUACACAUGGAAAAAACCUAUAUGCUUACAGUGCACCUAGAGCUUUUUAUAACAGCCUUUUUUGUUGUUUGUUUGUUUUGGAUUCUUUAAAUAUAUAUAUAUAUUAUUCUCAUUUAGUGCCCCUUUAGCCAGAAUCUCAUUACUGCUUCAUUUUUGUAAUAACAUUUAAUUUAGAUAUUUUCCACAUAUUGGCCCUGCUAAAAUAGAAUAUAGCAUCUUUCAUAUGGUAGGAACCAACGAGGAAACUUUCCUUUAAUUUCCUUUUUACACUUUCUGGUAAGUAGCAGGAGGAAAAAUGCAUUUGUAGAUCAUUUCUAGGCAAAUUGUGAAGCUAACGACCAACCUGUUUCUACCUAUACUCAGUCUUUUGUUUUACUAGAAAUGGGAAUCAUGGCCUCUUGAAGAGAAAAAAAGUCACCAUUCUGCAUUUAGCUGUAUCCAUAUAUUGCAUACAUGUAUUUUUUGUUUGUAUUGUAAAAAAAUUCACAUAAUAAACAAUGUUGUGAUGUAACAAA